GAAAUUCUGCCCCCGACAACACACACCCGCCUGUGGAGAAACCAGAGGCAGGACGGCCGUGCCCGCAGCUCCGCUCGUUUUUAUAUCUGCGCGGUUUUAGUCUGAAAAAUAGCUGCGGGGAAAAAUGAGUAAAAUCUCCAACUUUUUCAAGGGGGGCUCCUCCAGCUCCUCCAAGUCCAAACACCACCGGUCUCGGGGGGGUCCGUCCCCCCAGGAGGCCAUCCACAAACUGCGGGAGACCGAGGAAAUGCUGACCAAGAAGCAGGACUACCUGGAGAAGAGGAUCGAGCAGGAGCUGGCGACCGCCAAGAAACAUGGCACCAAGAACAAGAGAGCUGCCCUGGCAGCCUUGAAGAAGAAGAAGCGCUUAGAGCAGCAGCUUACCCAGAUCGACGGCACGCUGUCCACCAUCGAGUUCCAGAGAGAAGCUCUGGAGAACUCACACACCAACACAGAGGUCCUGAAAAACAUGGGCUAUGCUGCUAAUGCCAUGAAGCGAGUCCACGAAAACAUGGACGUUAACAAGAUAGACGAUCUCAUGGCGGACAUCACAGAGCAACAAGACGUGGCCCAGGAGAUCAGCGAGGCGAUCUCCCGGCCUUUCGGCGAGACAUUUGAUGAGGAUGAGCUGCUGGCCGAGCUGGAGGAGCUGGAGAACCAAGCAGAGGAGGAAGGAAUGAUGACGAUGGGCGGACUCCCCAGUGUUCCCAGCUCCAGCCUGCCCUCAUUACGGCCCGGUCAGCGUGCCACGACGAGGAGAAGAAUCGAAGAGGACCAGGACAUGCAAAUGCUGGCGUCAUGGGGAACUUAAGUACACUUACCUGAAGAUAACAUGAACUUAAUGUUACAUUCAAAAAGUGUCCAGAAAGCUACAUUAUGUUUGUUUUCACUUUUUGUAUCAUCAUUGAAGGUUUAUGGGGUAAAUGAAGAGCAUUGCGUUUUAUUAGAAUAAACUUUUUUGCUUCUCAGCUUUUAGACUCUCUUUAUGGUUUGUAAAAAAUAAAAGUGAAGGAAUCAAGAUUUUAGAUUGGCCUGACUGCUUUUUCCUUGUUUGUUUUAGUUGAAUAAACUACUUUUCAGACUCCUAAUGAACAUUUUAGACAGGUGAUUUUGUUUUCCAGGGCAGAAUUCUCUCUUGCACAGCUGUAAAUAUCGUCAAAUUUCACUUUAAUGUUGUACAUAUGUUGCUUUGUUAUCACAAUAAAAAACUUGCUACGCAUUGGCACCUUGUCUUUACUGUAAAUAUAUGGUGUUCUUGGAUAAGACGAGUAAAGUUUUCUUUGUGCUCAA